AUGAGCAUACCGUUAGGCCAGCCACAGGCCCUAUCCAAUUGGAAAUCUGGCCUGAAGUUAAUAUACAAUACCAGCAAAUUAUGGCUUGUUCUGAUAUGGACUGGUGUGCUUGUUGGUGUUCUUGCAGCCGGAAUUGAUAUUGUUUCACAAUGGUUAGGAUCCUUGAAGUUUGGAAGAUGUGAAACGGCAUUCUAUCUUAGUGAAUCAUUUUGCUGUUGGGGUGGCAAUACCUUUGCCAGCGAUACAUGUGACUUAUGGAUCCCAUGGGCUCCAAGGAGUUAUGCUCUGCGAUAUCUGGUUUAUGCUUGUUUAACGGUAUUGUUUGCAGUUAUCGCCAGUGUCCUGGUUAGUGAAUAUGCUGUCACUGCUCGUCUAAGUGGCAUUCCUGAGCUUAAAAUGAUCAUAGAUGGCGCUUCCAAGCCAGGAUUUUUAUCUGCCAGAACACUUUUAAUAAAGACAUUGGGACUGUGUUUAAUUGUAGGUUCCGGUCUAUGGGCUGGUAAGGAGGGGCCAUUAGUACAUGUGGCAUCAUGCUGUGCGUAUCUGACCAUGACAGCCUUGUUUCCACCGGGUAGCGAAGCUGAUGAAGAAAAGUACCAUGAUAGCAGUUUUAGACAAGUAUCUACUGGAAUUUCUACAGGUACUGGUGCGGAUAAUGGUGAAACUAUUAACCGUAGGUCUGAAUCAAGUGCUGACCUUGAGUUUGAUAUGAACAUUGAUUCUGAAGGGGAAAUGAGUACUAGACCUGGCUCGAAUCCCCGAACAAGUGAUGACUCUGUUCUCACGCCACCUUCGUCUAGUUCGAGAGGAUCCGGUGUUAAGAGACUUCGAGAAAUUCUUCCUGCUGCAUCUGCAGCAGGUAUUUCAGUAGCAUUUGGUGCCCCAAUUGGUGGUGUCUUAUUUUCACUUGAAGCUAUAUCCUGCUACUACUCAAACGAUUCUCGAAUCCUUUGGCACAGCUUUGUAUGUGCCAUGGUUGCAGCAGUGUCUCUUCAAUAUAUGAAUCCGUUCAGAACUGGCAAAUUGGUUCUGUUCCAAGUUGUUUAUGAUAGGAUCUGGCACAGAUUUGAGCUCUUACCAUUUGCAUUUAUUGGUGUAUUGGGUGGUCUUUAUGGAGCUGCUGUGAUUAAACUUAAUAUGAGGUUUGCAAUUUGGCGAAAUGAAUGGCCAUUGUUAUCGACUAUUCCACCUGCUGUCGAAGUAGCAUCUGUUGCGCUUAUUACGGGCAUUAUUUCUUAUCCAGUUUUCUAUAUGAGAUUACAACCCUCAUUACUUCUGUCUUAUUUAUUUCAAGAAUGUUCUCCAAGCAUGCCUGGACACUUGUGUGAUGUCAAUUAUUGGUUUAGUACAUUUUUAUUGUUGGUUUUUUCCGCAGUGGUGGGUCUGGUGCUAACGGCAUACACAUUUGGCAUCAAUAUACCUGCUGGUACAUUGAUGCCGUCAAUGGUAGUGGGAGCACUCGGUGGUCGUUCCGUUGGACUUCUCAUGCAAGCAUGGCAAGCCAAAAAUCCUGAUCUGUUUCUAUUCUCGACCUGUCCUCCAAAUGAUGGAAGUGGUGGUGUAUGCAUAACACCAGGUGUGUAUGCUGUUGUUGGAGCUGCCGCUGCAUUGACAGGCGUCACUCGUUUGACUGUUUCUUCUGUGGUCAUUUUAUUUGAACUUACAGGAGCUUUAACUUAUGUUUUGCCUAUAAUGUCUGGUGUUAUGGUGUCCAAAUGGGUCGCAGAGGCAUUCGAACGCAAGGGGAUUUAUGAGGCAUGGAUUACGAACCAUUGGAACUACCCUUUAUUAGAUAACAGCCGCAAUAUUCCGAUCCCUGAUGUUCCAGCGUCCAAUUAUAUGGUCGGCAUGGAUGAACUGCCUGUUAUUGUUGUAAAUCAACGGCCCAAUGUUCAGGCAAUGUAUGAACUGUUAUCUUCUACACCGACCUUGAAUGGCUAUACCGCACUAACUACUCUACCAUCUUUCCCCAUAAUCGAUAACCUUCAACAGCGAAAUAUUCUGGGUCUCAUUGCGAGAGAAGACCUGGAGGAAGCAAUAAAGGGAUAUGGCUCAACUGACUUGACACAAUGCUACUUCGUAGACGUGGUACCAGAACACCCAGGGGGUCUAUUACCAUCUGGUCUAGAUUUACGUCCUCUGGUGGACCGGUUCCCCUCACGUCUAUCUUACAGAGCACAAGUACUGCUUGCUGUGAAAAUGUUCCAAGAGCUUGGUCUUAAUUGUCUCCUGUUGACAAAUCGUGGUAAGCUCUUUGGAGCAAUCACAAAACGGCAGAUCUGGAGACUCUUGUCAAUCUCGGAAUAUGAGAUCCUGUCACAGCCGAGACGCAGGUCGUCCACCAGGCAAUCCAUUCCUCAGUCUUCUGAGAGCUCGCCAUACCAUAGUGGUGAAGACAGAGGUCUGCUAGAGGGGAAUAGCUUUACACUAUAG